CUUCUUAAUCUAUGUACUUAAAUCAAUUCAGAAUUAUAAAUGAAAUUUAAAUGUUAGAAUACGACGUGGUGCAAUUCAUGUCGAAACGUUUGUAAUAAAUGAAGCAGGGAUAUAGGAACUAUUUACUUGUAAAGGUUUUUACAUAGCGUUAAGUGCCGAUUGUGUAUUUAAAAUACUUAUAUCCUUACAUAUAAUUUCAAUGGUGUAGAUUAAAAUUGCUUUUCAGAAUCGACCUUAAGCCGACACCGUCAAUGUCAAAAUUGUGAAGUCUACUGUCAAACUUUUUUGACAAUAUGACCCCUUUAUGAAAAAGUGUUUUUUCAUUAUACCAUUUUUCACUAAAAAAUAUAGUUUUACAAAAUAUUUUUUCUUGAAAAAGUAAUUCUUAAUGAUAUAUCAUUUAUUUUAGAAUCAUCUCCUGCGUCUGUGUACUUUUGCUGUUUAGCAUUUCAUUUUAAUUGACUUUAGAAAGUUGCGACCAUGAAAGACUUUUGUUAUUAAUUUGUUCUGUGUGUUUGUCUUGUUUUAUGAGAGUGUUAGGCGUUCUAAUUAAAGGUCAUUAGUAUAUAUUGUCGCCGGUUUGCUGGCCUGAAUAUGAAUUGGAUGACAGCUGUUGAGGAAACAUAUAGAAUAUUCAAGAUACUCAAAUAGUAAGAUGGCUCAUAUGUAUGAAGGCACUGAAAUGCUGGAGAAAAAUAAACGAGAGUCCAGCCAAGAGCUGGUGGCUGUGCGCGUGCCGAUUAUCGGCAUGACAUGCCAAUCCUGCGUGAAAAGCAUCGAAGGCUCCGUCAGCGAAAUGCCUGGUGUUCAUCACGUGAAGGUGGAGCUAUCAGAGAAGGCCGGCUACUUCAGAUAUGACCCGCGGGUGUGUUCCGUGGAGGCCAUCAGGUCUCAUAUAGAAGACAUGGGGUUCGAAGUGCCGUCCGAGAACGGGGACGAGACCAGUCAACUGCUGCCAAAAGAGAUACCGACCGACCUCCUGAUAGACAUGUCCGGUGUGAGCGGUGACGGCGAAACGGAAGUCUUCCUCUCCGUGGUCGGCAUGACGUGCCAAUCCUGCGUCAACACCAUCGAAGGGGCACUAAAAGAGCUACCCGGCGUGAUAGAGCCCAGCGUGGACCUGGCGGCGGGCACGGCCCGCGUGCGCUGUUCCCCGGGAGCGCUCACGCCGCGCCAGGUGGCCGACACAGUAUACGACUUGGGGUUCGACGUCACCAUAGUGUCCGUCGACGGGAAGCAGUAUAAUGAGAAUAAUACGCCACAAACCAAAAGCGAUCAGGCCUCCGGAGAUGGAAUAAAACCGCCGUCGCCCGUCAAAAGCAAAACGCAAGCCAAUGGCUCGGCGCGGGCGCGGGCGGCGCCGGAGGUGUGGCGCUGCACGCUGGAGGUGCGCGGCAUGACGUGCGCCUCGUGCGUCGCCGCCAUCGAGAAGCACUGCUCCAAGAUAUAUGGCGUUCAUUCAAUAAAUAUCGGCCUGCUGGCGGCCAAGGCGGAGGUGAAGUACGAGCCGCGCGCGAUAUCCGCCGCGGACAUAGCGCACUCCAUCACCGAGCUGGGCUUCCCCGCGGACGUCGUCAGCGACUGCGACGGCAGCGGCCAGAAGGACCUCGUUGUUGUGAUUAAGGGCAUGACGUGUGCGUCGUGCGUGAACAAGAUAGAGAAGGCGGUGCUCAAGCUGGACGGCGUCACCGCGUGCGCCGUUGCUCUCACCACGUCCAAGGGCAAAAUAAAGUACAACGCGGAGCAAAUAGGGCCGCGCAGGAUCUGCGAGGCGAUCAACCGGCUGGGCUUCGAGGCCAGCAUGGCGGCCGCGCACAACCGCGGCGCCGCACACUACCUCGAGCACAAGGAGGAAAUUCGACGCUGGCGCAACACAUUCCUGGUGUCGCUGAUAUUCGGCGCGCCGUGCAUGGCGGCCAUGGUGUACUUCAUGAGCGCCAUGUCCCACCACAGCGCCCGCGACAUGUGCUGCGUGCUGCCCGGCCUCAGCCUCGACAACCUGCUCAUGUGGGCGCUCGCCACGCCGGUCCAGUUCGUAGGCGGCUGGCACUUCUACAAGCAGGCGUACAAGGCGCUCAGCCACGGCACCUCCAACAUGGACGUGCUCAUCUCCCUGACCACCACCAUCAGCUAUUUGUACUCGGUGGCGGUGGUGGUGGCGGCGAUGGCGCUGCAGCAGGACACCAGCCCGAUGACGUUCUUCGACACGCCGCCCAUGCUGCUCGUGUUCGUCUCGCUUGGCCGCUGGCUCGAGCACAUCGCCAAGGGUAAAACAUCUGAGGCCCUAUCGAAGCUGCUGUCCCUGAAGGCAACAGAGGCGCUUCUGGCGACCCUGGACGAGAACGGGCACGUGGUCAGCGAGAAGAGCGUGCCCGUCGACAUGGUCGAGAGGGGAGAUGUGCUCAAAGUAAUCCCGGGAGCUAAGAUCCCGGUAGACGGUCGAGUAUUAUCUGGGCAGAGCACAUGUGACGAGUCACUCAUCACUGGAGAAGCUAUGCCUGUAGCUAAGACCAAAGACAGCCUGGUGAUAGGCGGCAGCAUCAACCAGCACGGCGCGCUGGUGAUGGUGGCCACGCACACGGGCGAGGCCAGCACGCUGGCGCAGAUCGUGAAGCUGGUCGAGGACGCGCAAAGCAGCAAGGCGCCCGUGCAGCGCCUCGCCGACACCAUCGCCGGCUACUUCGUGCCCCUGGUGAUGUUCCUGUCGGUGCUGACGCUGGUCUGCUGGAUCAUAACCGGCGCCAUCGACGUGCAGCGGAUCAAGGACAUCACUCCGGAGAUGUACCUGAAUGCGGGCUACUCGGACUGGGAGUUGAUCGUGCAGACGGGGUUCCACUUCGCGCUGUCGGUGCUGGCCAUCGCGUGCCCGUGUGCGCUGGGGCUGGCCACGCCCACCGCCGUCAUGGUGGCCACCGGCGUCGGCGCCGAGCUCGGCCUGCUCGUCAAGGGCGCCGAGCCGCUCGAGAACGCGCACAAGGUGAAGACGGUGAUAUUCGACAAGACUGGCACGAUCACCCGCGGACGCACGAGCGUGGCGCGCGUGUGCGUGGUGACGGGCGCGGCGCGCGCGCUGCCGCACGUGCUGCGCCGCCUGCGCGCCGCCGAGCGCAGCUCCGAGCAUCCCGUCGCCUCGGCCGUGGUGCGGUGGUGUACGUCGGUGCUGGGCGAGGACCAGGCCGUGCAGUGCGUGGGCUUCCUGGCGGCGCCGGGCUGCGGCCUGCGGGCGCGUGUACGGGCCUCCGCAGCCGCCGCCGCGCCGCCGCCGCCGCCACUCGCCAACCUACUCAACAAACUUGAAGCUCAAAGCGGCGAGGAGUGCGUGGUGUCGAUAGAGGGCGUGCCGGUGCGGCUGGUGCGCGGCGGCGACGACGCGGCGCUGUCCUCGGCGCAGGCCGCCUCGCGCCUGCAGCAGCUCAUACCCACCGCCGACGAACACCAGGAAACGGAGGAGAUCGUGCUGAUAGGCAACCGGGAGUGGAUGAUGAGGAACGGCGUGAUGGUGCCGCGGCGGGUGCAGGAGAUCCUGCAGGAGGACGAGGAGAUGGGCAGGACUGCGGUACUGGCAGCCAUCAAUGAUCAAUUAGUAUGCACGCUGGGUAUAGCCGACGAGGUGAAGCCCGAAGCUCACCUGGCGGUGUACUGCCUCAAGAAGAUGGGUCUGCAGGUGUGCUUGCUCACAGGGGACAAUCGGAAAACAGCUGUUGCAAUUGCGAGACAGGUGGGGAUAAACAAAGUGUACGCAGAAGUGCUGCCCUCACACAAGGUGGCCAAAAUAAAGAAGCUCCAGGAACAGGGACAGAAGGUGGCGAUGGUGGGCGACGGCGUGAACGACAGCCCGGCGCUGGCGGGCGCGGACGUGGGCAUCGCCAUCGCCAGCGGCACCGACGUCGCCGUCGAGGCCGCCGACCUCGUGCUCAUGCGGAACGACCUGCUGGACGUGGUGGCGUGCCUGCAGCUGUCCCGCAGCACGGUGCGGCGCGUGCGGCUGAACUUCGUGUUCGCGUCCGUCUACAACCUGCUCGGCAUCCCGCUCGCCAGCGGCGCGCUGGCCGCGUUUGGCUUGCAGCUGCAGCCGUGGAUGGCGUCGGCGGCGAUGGCAAUGAGCUCUGUGUCAGUCGUGUGCUCCAGUUUGUUACUUAAAACCUUCAAAAAACAAACAGCGGAACAACUCCGGACCCCGGAGUACCUCCAAUCCAUCCACCUGGAGGACCUGGACUCUGUGUCGGUCCACAGGGGCCUCGACGAGAGGAUAGAGCCGAUCGACCGCGGCGCCUCCCCGCUCACCAAAUUAUUCUAUCGAAAUAAGUCAAACGAGGGUUGUCUCCUUCAAGAGGAUGACGAUCUGAUGACUGUCUCCUUCAUACCCAAACGGCCGACACGAGACGCUGCCAGCCUCAAUGGGUAAACAGAGGGCCUACCAUGAAGUGUUUUCCGAAAUUUCGGAGCCAAACGAAACACAAAUUUGAUGUUAAAAUUACAUAAUACAUGCCGUUUGGAAAUAUUAAAAAUGUUAAAAUAUUGUUCCUUUGGACUUUUAUGAUAGGAUGUAUGAAGAACAAAAUGUUAAACUCCAUUUAUUGGUCCGAUUUUGGUAUAAACAAAAACACGAAAUUGAGUCCGAAAUUUCGGAAUUUCAUUUCAUGGUAGACCCGCAGGUCAAAUCGGUAACAUUUAAUUUUAAACAAAGCUCCAUGUAUUAAGGUCUCAAAUACAUUGAUACUAGUGAAAUUAGUGUGUCUAAGGUCCCACAAGGUGGAAGAGGUCUGAAUAGUCCUAUAUCUCGCUAUGUCUUACGCCCUUUUUGUACUGUAACUGUUAAUGUAGCGAGCCAAGCCGCAGUAUGUACACUAGUAUGAGUAAAUACUCAUCGUAAAGUUAAAAUUAUAAGACUGGUAUGUUUAAAGAGUUAAUGGGGUGUUAUUUUCAAAUGCCUCGUGCGUAGGGUGAUUCUUGACCAGUGAUGAACAUUCCCCCAUAGACAAGUCGAUAGGCAUCGAUCGAUAGUGACCUGUUCGUUGCCUCACACGUGUGAACGAAUAGAACGUCGAAUACCGCUGUCUAGUUCAUCUCAUGUGCAUGCAGCAGCGAAAGCGUGUCUACCGAUAAUGUUAUUCGCUACUUCUCUAUGGGGGCUGGUGAGAAAGUCCCACGAGAAUGUAUUAUGAUAGUUUUGAAUUCAAGGGGGGUUUCUGACCAAGUAUAUACGAGUGGUGUAUAGUUUUUUAUGGCAAUUGUAUGUUAUAUUUUUUGUAUGCAAAUACAUUGUAAUAAUAAUAAUAAAAUCUCUUAUAUAUCAAGUA